AGAGCCUGUCUUUCUACUCAAAGCUUUAUUAUUCGCAACAAUCAACAAUGAAGAACUUUACUCUUUUGACUCUUUUGCUUCUUUGUAUCAAUGUCUGUAGAGCUGACUUGAGAUCAUGGGCCUUGAGUUUCCCUACCGGUCAAGACAGCAGUGCUAUCAUACAUGGUCAAAGUACUGCUAAACCGAAUGAAGCUGUUAAGACCUGUGUCGUUCAAGGCCUUAGUCCUCACAAGCACGUUCAUUCUGAAGUCUGGUUCUCUUCUACAUGCUCUGGCAGUGGCUGGUGGAGAAUGGAAUACGGUACUGAUGAAGGAAGAUGUAUCAUGUUUGGUGAUAUUGAGCAAACAGGUUGUCCUUUCGCUAGUUUCUGGACUAGCAAGGCUCAAGUGAUUGGUAAAAACCGCGGCAAUGGUGAAGAAUACACCGAUAAAGGCAUUACUUUUGUUGGUUGUGAAAAGGGUGCUACUGUCGAAGUCUCAAGAGAUGAAGAUAGAUACUGUGAAGGAAAUGCUCCUGCUGAUGACUGCAAGUCUAUGCUUAUUUUCAAGUUUAUGUCCUUCUUGUGUCCCAAGAAAUAAUGUUUAUUAUCUUUGACUUUCUCUUAAACAAUUAGAAUAAAGCUAUUUUAUUCUAUUUUAUUUUCUUUUCUUUAAACU